UAAGAAUAUGUUCCCAACGAUCGAACAAGAAAAGAAAAAUCAGCUUAAUAGAUCAGUUUCUGGAGAGCUGAAUAGGAACCAUGGAUUUAAGAAAAAUAUGACCGCUAAAACUCCAAAUCGACUAAACACGAGUCAUUCUGGUAUUCAAGUCUUAACCAAAAAUGCAAAUAUUAUAAACAAAGCCCCUUACCAGCCCUACCAUUCAACCACCUUCGCUCAAGUCCUUCCCAACUCAUCUUCAUCCUGUCUACAGAUAUAAGAGAUUUGGAGAGUCCGUUGGAAUCGAUUCAAGGCCAGAUAGAGCAGAAUAGGGUGAAGAAGUUUGAAGAGAAGCGGAGAGAUCGGGAGAUUGAGCUUUAUAUAUUGAGUGAAAAUAGGAAGCAAAUUAAGCAAGAAAAGGUUGAUGGUUUUAAGAAAUAAAAUGCAAAAGAGUAGAUAUUACCAGAUGCUUAAGCAUAACUAUGAAAUGGUUAAAGAGAAGAAGAGGUCAAUGAGAAAAUUGGAAGAGCAUGAUAAUGGAGUUUUAAUAGAUAAAGUUCCUUAUAUGAGAAGUAUAUCACCAACGAAUCAUGAUCAGAAUAUGAAACGAUCAAACAAUAAUAUUUCUACAAUUUCUAAAGGAAUAGUGAAUUUAAAUCUAAGCUACGAAACAAAAGUACCAAAAUCUACUGUCAAUCAUAGUAUAGAAAGAAAUUGCUCUUACCUCCCUCAGUCUUGGACUGAAGCAGAACCAACUAAGCAAAAACUUUCUAACAAGAGAAGAAGUAUAGAAGCGCUCAGAACUGCACUUAACAGCCAACUUCAGGAAAAAUAAGAGAAUGCAUCAACAGAAUCGUCAGAACGACCAAAUGUACUUUCAGACAGCUUUGAAGACAGACGUCAGCAAUUUGUCAAGUGAUAAGAUCAGAAGAGAUUUCAUGAAAUUGAAAGAAAAGAAAAACCUGGAAUUCAUUUGCCUUCAAAUGAAGGAGAGAAGAAAAGAAACUCUUAAGAACAAAGGUCACAUGAAUAUCAGAGUCAAGAUAGAAGACGAUUAUAGGAACAAUCAUAGAAUCCAAUCUAGGAACAAGGCCUUCCAUCAAGCUCUCACUGGAUUCACUCAGAAACAACCAAACAGACAAUCUAAUUUCAAACGUUUAGGAUAAGCCAU